AUGGAUUAUGAAAACGGUUUGAUAUCACUCAAUACCUUGGACUCGUUCCUGAGUAAUUCUGCUUCCUUGGCUAGCUGGAGGGGCACUAGAGAACCGAGCGUUGUCAAGAAUGCUGACCGAAAGAUUAUCUCCGAAACCUCUUCAAACUCGUUCGGGGAUGAAAGAUGGAGAGGAAUGGUGGACGUUGGCUGUUGUAGCCGUGUUACCAAUCCUAAGCUAGGUGAGCAGAUAUUUUGUAGGUUUGGAGGCACCCUCGGAAAUAGAACAGAGAGCUUGGAGGGCGGAGGGCUUUCGGGACGUAUUUUUUAUGGGCGCAGCUUGGCCUCGGUCGGCUUCGAUCCAAACAGAGAGAGUAUUUUUAGAGACACAAAAACCCCUACUUGCAUGGAGUGCGAAAAAAGACACCCGACAAUAAGAAAAUAG